CCUGCCUAACCUUCGCCUUGACAUCGCGCGCGCGACUAGACGAGUUCUCUGUGUCUCAUUCCACAUAGAAAUGGCACAACGAACGCUCAGCAAAGGGACCCUCAAUCUGCGGUUCAUGCAGAACGCCCGCAGGGCACAACAGCUUCCGGCGGUUGAACUCGACAAGGCCGAGAUCAAGGACGAUGCUGAAUGGGAGGUCUCGCAGGAAAUGAAAAAUAAAUGGGGUACCAGCUCAAGCACGACGACAAAAAUGCAAAACGUCACAUAUGAAACAUCUUACCUCCCAUUCCUGUUCCCCCACGCGAGCCAUCAGGACGGCGAACUCGGAGCCGCACUGCAAACCACCGAUAGUCGGAUCAGCAAGCCUAAAGGUCGCCGCAGCUUUAACAGGAAAGGAGAGGAAGUAAACACACAGCAAGAGACGACCGAACCAUCAAAGGAGGCCGUCAAUCUCACGAAGCUUUCUGGAAUAUCUGGAAGCGGCUCUGUCAUGCAGCAACCUAAGCCUGCUCGUCCCCAGUCCAUCUCCGCUGCGAACGCACCAGCGAAAAAGCAUAAGGACCCGACGAAAGAAGCUCGACGCGUUGUUUUCGAUAAUGGUAACGUAGGCUCGGACUUACGAGCGACUUCGCGCGCGAACGGGAACAGCGCUCCGGCCACGGCUGGCGGCUUCAUGAAGCCAGCGGGCGUCGACGGCCCGUCACGGCCUCGCAACCAAGCAGGAUUAGGCGAAGCCGAAGACAAAAAGCCUCCUAGCGGGUUUGUGAAGCCGGCGGGCGUCGACGGCCCGUCGCGCCCAGCAAAGGAUACUGCGGUCGACGAGAAAAAACAGCUUAAAACAGCGCGAAAGAAGACCGCCAAGCGAAACGCUGACGAGGAUGGAGGUAAAAGGUCGUCGAAGAAGGCAAAACUUGCACUCGUCGAGUAGUUGUUUUGUCUUCAUUAACGUUCUUCGUCUGACUUCGUAGUUUGUUACCCCUUGUUCGUUUAUAUGUACCUUACUGCUGAUUGCGCACAUAUCGCACACGACCAUUUUAUCUCACUCCCCCGCUUGCUCACGACCGAGGCCAGUUCCACGGCGUCCCUCCUAAUGAUUGCUCUCAUGUUUGCUGCGUAGGAUCGGUCGCCAAGCUCUCACAGCAGCAUGAGAUAGCUGUACGUUAGACUUCUGUGAACGCGAACGUGUCUCGACGGGAACUAUCUUGCUUUCUUGUCUUCUGCGGGCCCCGGAGCUUACUCGGUCGGCUAUUCCCAGUAACUACCUCGGACAGUGCCUUAGUAUUUUUCCAAGUGUCUCCAGGCUUGAUCGUAAACCUUGUUGCACGC